CAUUCAUUGUAGAGGCUCAUAGAGCCGCUUUUACCUGCCACACCCAUAAAAAAAAAAACCCACUUCAAUUGCAUUAAAGGCGGCCAACUCCGCGCCCAGACACCGCGCCCAGAGAGGACUUUAUCCGAGAACGUCUGCGAGAUAAACGCAGUGGAGAGUUCAGAUACUCCUUGAAUUUUAACAUUUGCUGAUCACAUAGACACAGAUCAGCAAAUCAGGAUGUAUCAAAGCGCUCCGUUCUUCGUCUGUCUGAUUAUUUUGGUGCUGUUUUCGAGCAUUGAGUCAUGUGAGCUGAGGCCUGUGCAUGCCCAGGUUCCUAAGAGACUGCCCACCGGUUAUGUCAUCUCUAGAGGCACAGAAGGAUUAAAUCUCAAAAGAUGUGCGGUCAAACCCGUUGCUUUUACCACCAGUGACCCUGACUUCGCAGUAAAUACUGAUGGAACCAUUAUCACAGUUCGUGAUAUGGUGAUUACUAGAAAGACGUUUUCUGUGUUGGUGCAGGAUGAGAGUGGUUUUGAUUGGAGAGUGGAAAUUAUAUUGUCCUGUACAGAUAAGGCAUCUCAGAAGACUGACAAUGUGGUACACAAGCGUUUUAAGAGAAGAUGGAGUCCAUUGCCCUUCUCAGUUGUUGAGAAUGAUGGCCCUAAAUUCCCUAAGGAAAUUGAGGCGAUUGCUUCUGACUCUUCAGUAAAUCACGAUGUGUAUUAUGUGAUCAGUGGGCCUGGUGUUACCACAGACCCUAUAGGCCUUUUCACACUGAACAAGAACAAUGGCAUGAUAAGUGUGACCAGGGCCGUCGACCGUGAGCAGUAUCCUCAAUUCAUUUUUAUGGCUAGGGUGUUUGACAGAGUUAGCAACCGGGAAACUGAUGAUCCCUUGCCCAUUACUGUGAUUGUGGAGGAUAAGAAUGACAAUGCCCCUGAGUUCACUGGAAGUCGCUUCUUCUCUGUGCCAGAGCGUUGCAAAGCAGGUUCCGUUAUAGGGCAGGUGAAUGCCACAGAUAAGGAUCAGCCCAAAACUCCCCACACCUUGGUCAAGUUUACUGUACUCAACGCUACUGACAUGUUUUCUAUUGACGCUUUUACCGGAGUGUUAACUGCCAAAACCAACACCUUAGACAGAGAGGCUCAGGAAAAAGUCUAUGUCUCCAUAGAGAUUAGAGAUAUGGGCGGGGCUCCUGAUGGGCUCUUCAACAGAGGAACCUUUAUCAUUACACUCACAGACGUUAAUGAUAACCCUCCCACCUUUAUAGAGAAGUUGUAUAAGGCCCAGAUCCAAGAGAACCAGGAAAAUGUGCUAGUUCUUAGGAUCCCAGUGGAAGAUAAGGACAUGGUGAACACCGCCAACUGGAGGGCCCUGUUUGAGGUCACCAAGGGAAAUGAGAGUGGAAAUUUUAGGAUGGAGACUGACCCCAAAACCAAUGAGGGGCUUCUGUAUGUCAUAAAGCCAUUUGACUAUGAAAAAACCCCAAUGGUAAAGCUGGAAAUAACUGCCCGUAAUGAAGCUCCUCUGGUUGGGACUACUGCUAGCUUGCUCUCUGUGCCAGUCGAGCUCUCUGUGGGAAAUGAAGAUGAGGGGCCAGAGUUCACAGCACCCAUUUUACGGCUCAAGGUCAAAGAGAACGUUCCCAAUGGAACUUUAAUAGGAACCUAUACAGCUGUGGACCCAGAGACCAAGAGCAGCAAUGGAAUAAAAUACUAUAAGGUGACUGACCCAGGCUCCUGGAUCACUGUGGUGGAAAACACUGGUGAACUGAGAGCAGCCAAUACUAUAGACCGUGAAUCACCUUUGGUCUUCAACAACACGUACAACAUAACUGUCAGAGCAGUGGAUGAGAGUAAGAAGACUGGAAUGGGAAUGGUUAUAAUCCAGAUCGAGGAUGAGAAUGAUAACAUGCCAGAGGUUCCAGGCUCGGAGCUGGUCAUUUGUAGUAAGGGUGAUUCACUGGGCUCGGUUCUGGUUGAAGUUGUGGACAAAGACGAGUCACCUUAUUCAACUCCCUUCAAUUUUGAACUCGGAGCAGGGCAUGAUGGGAAAUGGAGACUGAAGGAUAUUACAAGUAACUCUGUGGUGCUGCAACAAACUGUGGACAUACCAAAUGGUCUGUACAAUGUACCUGUGCUGGUGAAGGAUCUGCAAGGAUUUGGGAAAGAGCACAUCAUAAAAGUGCGUGUGUGUACCUGUGAAAGGGAGGAAAAUGGACUGGGAACAUGCGGGGCUCGCAGUGCCUCGUCCUCUUUUGGCAGCUGGGGCAUCCUUGCCUUAAUCCUCUCUAGCCUGCUGCUGCUACUGUUAUGUUUGUUGCUCAUCUUCAUGUGCUCCACUAAGAGAGAAAAUCUGUACAUUAAUGAUGACACAGGAACAGAUGGAAUGCUGCUUAAAUCCAACACUGAGGCUCCUGGUGAAGAAGUGAAAAAUGAAGUUUUGAUGAAGAUCCCUGGGCCAGAUGUAGUAGACGGUUCAGUUCAUGGCUUUCAAGUCAUGGAUAGUAAGAACAUGGGUUUAGCUGGAGGACACUAUGGGAAUCAGUAUGUCUCGGGGGGAGGCAUGUACAACAGCACCACUCAGGAGUUUGGGACAGGAAAAUACUCUUUUGCCAGCCAUAACAAUAUCAAUCGUAAUCUCUACGACAACGCCAUGUUCCAGAAACACUCAAAUAUGAGCGCUGUCAACACAUGGAGAACCAAUGACCGUUACUUGGGCAAAAAAUUGGCUUACUUUGGAGACGAGGAGGAAGGGCGGUUCGCAGGUGACCUGCUGAAGACUUAUGAACACGAGGGGCAAGGGUCUCCUGCAGGCUCUUUAGAGUGUUGUAGUACUUUGGGUGAACAGGACUCACUAGAUUUUUUGAACACCCUUGGCCCCAAAUUUAGACCACUGGCUAACGUCUGCACCAAGAACGUUCAAAGCGGGAACUAACACUCAUACAUGAAUGAAAUGAAAGGAUAUUUUAUGCUGUAUGCUUGGAGACUUCAAACAAUGUCUUUUUGUUGAAUUAAUCAAAUGGAAGUGUGUAUAUGUAUGCCCAGGUUUAUUACCUUUUGUAUGAGUGUGUGAGUGUGUUAUGAUGAAUGAAGCCUGUAAUUAUUUCUACAUUUUGCUCUGGAUUGCAAACCUCUGCCUUACAGAGCUAAGAGAGGGACAUUUUCAAUAUUAGUACACAGAAAAGACGUUAGUCUCUCCCAGAGAUCAAUUGAAAUUCUCAGUUGUAUUAAGUAUUACUCAGUCAAUAGUUACAAGAAGAGGAUGAAGAGUUUUUUGGGGCCAAUACAAUGACUUUCCAACUGUGCAUCAUGGAUGUGCUCAUAAAAUGUGUGGAAUUCAGAGUACCCUUCAGCCCCAAAAGCACUGACAUCUGGACCCACAAAAAUGCCUGUUUUUGUAUUUGUUAUUUUUUUCAUUAUUCAAUAUUGCCUUUAGAGUUAACAUUACAGAAAAUCCCAGAAUGUCUGCCUUUAAAUACUCCAGGACUUUAAUCUGUGGGAUUCACAGGUAUUCACUAAAAAGAAAUGUCCUCCAUAGAGUUCAUCCAAAUGAAUUACUGGUUCCAUAAAACAGUGUAGUUGCAAUGGGAUUUUCUAUUUCAAUUAAACAAAACCAAAUCUUUUGUA